AUGGCCUCCACCAACAAGACUGUUCUCAUCACCGGCAGCACUCGUCGAAUCGGCCUCGCCUUCGCCAAGCACUACACCAAGGCUGGUUGGAACGUCAUCGGCACGGCACGUGCCAACAGUAACACGGAGAGCUCGUCAGCUGGAGGGCCAACCCAUCGAUCUGCUCAUCAACAAUGCCGGUAUUGGUAUCCCCAGCGAGCUCGAGACUGGCACCAAGGACGCGCUCAUGAAGCAGUUCGAAGUGAAUACCGCCGGGCCAUUCCUCAUGACGCGUUGCUGCCCAAUCUGCAGCUUGCAGCGAAAACCAACGGUGGCGCCUCCGUCAUGCAGCUCUCGUCAUACCUCGGAAGUAUAGGCAGCUACACGACCGAGACCACGGGCUUCUUCAAGCAGGCCGGUUACGGCUAUUCGUCCUCCAAGGCCGCGCUCAACAUGAUCACUCGAUCUUUAGCGUUCGACCUGCAGCCAAACGGCAUCGUUGUCGUGUCAGUGCACCCUGGAUACGUGGACACGGAUAUGACCCAGGGCAAGGCCACGCUGAAGCCCGAGGACAGCGUGAUGGCCAUGACCAGUCUUAUCGGCAAGCUAAACCAUGAGAGCACGGGCAAAUUCUUCAACCUAGACCCGCAGAUCCCGUUGGUGGAGCUUCCGUGGUAA